AUUACAGUGCAGCUGCGCGUGUGGAUCCGCUGUCUCUUAAACAGUCGUGAAUAAGAUUUUAGGAAACUCAGUAAAUCAGUAAACAUCGAGCUGGCUAAUAUCAGGAGAUCAUGGGAACUUUAAACAUUAGAGAGCAGUCACUCUUGGUCCAGGCAAUAUUCAGCCAGAAUGAAGAAAUGGUGAAAUUUUUAUUGCAACAAAAGGAAGAAGUCAACGAAUUGGAUCAAGAGCAGCGCAGUGCCCUUCAUGCUGCAGCUUAUGUGGGUGAUGUUCAUAUAAUGGCCCUCCUUAUCACAUCAGGUGCAAAUGUGAACGCUAAAGAUCAGGAGUGGCUGACUCCCCUUCACCGGGCAGCUGCCUCACAAAAUGAAAGGGCCGUUGGGCUGCUUGUGAGGAGGGGGGCAGAAGUGAACACAAAGGACAGAUUUCGACAGACGCCGCUACAUGUUGCUGCCGCUAACAGUGCAGUAGACUGUGUUGAGAUUCUCAUUCCUCAUGUAAACGCUCUUAAUAUAGAGGAUUGUUUUGGCAGAACAGCUAUUCAUCACGCAGCCCACAAUGGACACACAGAGACAGUGACCUUACUCAUAAAUAAAGGGGCCAACCUGAAUGCAAGAGACAUAAAAGAAAGACAGCCUAUCCAUUUGGCAGCGUACCUAGGGCAUCUGGAGGUUGUGAAGCUUUUAUUAUCACACAGUGCUGAUGUAUCCUGUAGGGAUAAGCAGGGAUUUACCCCACUUCAUGUUGCUGCUCUUGGUGAACACAUUGAAGUGAUCAACAUCCUGCUAGAACAUGGAGCACAGAUUGAUGAAGUUGAUGUCUUUGGUAACACGGCUCUCCACAUGGUUUGUUACACCGGGCAAAAGACCGUAGCUGUUGAACUGAUUAACUGUGGUGCCAGUGUUAACCAGAAGAAUAAUUGUGGCUGCACACCGCUGCACCUGUCUGCAGUCUCUACCGAUGAAGGCCAGUGUUUAGAGCUACUGGUCAAUAAUGGGGCCGACAUUAAUAUACAGGAUAAUAAAGGCAAAAGCCCACUGCAUAUGGCAACUAUCUAUGGAUGCUGGAGCCAUUCACAGAUACUCAUUCAAAAUGGUGCAGAUGUGGAAUUCACUGAUACAUAUGGUAAUACUCCUCUUCACACUGCUGCUAAACAUGGUCAUGAGCUGCUCAUCAGUUUACUCGUAAUGAGUGGAGCAAACAUAUCCAGACCAGGCAUUAAUGGGAUGUGUCCACAACACUUGGCUGUUCUUCAUGGGUUUUCAGGCUGUUGCCAGAUGUUACUCUCAUCGGAGUUUGAUAUAAACACACAGGACAGUCUGGGAAGGACAUGUUUACAUAUAGCUGCUUCAAGAGGUAAUGUUGAAUGUCUUGAAAUGCUGUUGAGCAGUGGUGCUGAUGUGAAUAUAAAGGACCUAUUUGGAAGGUCUCCUUUGCACUAUACAUCAGUGAAUGGUCUGUAUCUGUGUACAGUAGCUCUGGUGAAGGCUGGAGCAGAUGUUAAUGAACGCGAUAUAAAUGGAUGCAGUUCACUGCAUUACGUAGCUGCCGGCAAAACCUCACACGGAGCUGAGCAGAUCUGUUCUGACAAACAGUGCAGUGAUACUGACGAGGAGACUCUAUGGUGUUUAAAGUUUCUUUUGGAUUAUGGUGCUGAUCCAGCGGUGCUUGACACUAAAGGAUUCAGUCCGGUUCACUAUGCAGCUGCUCAUGGCAACAAACACAAUCUAAAAUUGCUCUUAGAAAUGUCUUUUAAGUGUGUGGAAUAUGUGAAGAGUUCCGUUCCCGUAAGCCCUUUACACUUAGCUGCUUAUAAUGGUGACAGUGAAUCUCUGCGGGUGCUGUUAGAGACGAUGGUUCAUGUAGAUGUCCAGGAUUCUGUGGGUCGUACAGCCCUGUAUGUGGCUGCUCUGAAAGGUCAAUGUCAGUGUGUGGAGGUACUGCUGAUCCAUGGAGCCUCAUGCAGCAUCAGGGAGCACAACUACAGGUGGACACCUCUACAUGUUGCUGCUGCAAAUGGUCAAGCUGACUGCCUGCUGAUGCUGUUGAAAAAAGCUGAAAACACGGACGUCAUGAACCUCAAGGACAUACAGGGGCAGACUCCACUGAUGCUGGCUACACUUGGCAGUCACAUUGACUGUGUUCAUAUGCUUCUUGAGAGAGGAAGUAAACCAGACACUGUGGACAAAAGACAGCAUACCGCCCUACACUGUGCAGCAGUAGUUGGUAGAGAAGAGUGCGUCUCGGCUCUUCUGCUGCAUGGAGCUUUCAUUCUGUGCAGGGACUUUCGUGGCAGGAGCCCAGUGCACCUGGCGGCCUCUUGUGGUCAUGCAGGUAUACUGCGCAUCCUAAUGGAGGCAGUGGCUGUCUCAGACCCUCUUGACUCUCUGCUCGACUACACUGGAUACACACCUGCUCACUGGGCAGCUUACCAUGGUCACAAAAACUGCUUGGAAGUUAUAAUUGAAUAUAAAGCAUCAAACCUGUUGGAAGGAAAUCCCUUUACACCUUUACAUUGUGCACUUAUUAAUAAUCAUGAAGAUGUGGCUGAACUGCUAGUAAAGACUCUGGGAACUCAAAUUAUUAACCUGAGAGACUCUAAAGAAAGGACUCCUCUUCACGCAGCUGCUCAUGCAGGAGAUAUCACAGCUCUUCAGUUUGCAUUGAUCUGUGGUGCAGACGUAAACUCAGUUGAUCAGACAGGGCGCUCUGUAUUAAUGAUCGCUGCUGAAAAUGGCCAUACUUCUGCUGUCGAUUUGUUGCUUCAUGAGGCCAAAGCAGACCUGUCAGUGCUGGACAAGAACAGAAACACAGCCCUACACCUCGCCUGUAGACGAAGUCAUGAAAUGUGUGCUCUCCUCAUCCUGGCUGAGAUAGACAACCCCUCGGUUAUUAACACAGUCAACAGUGCAUUACAGACGCCACUACAUAUAGCAGCUAGAAAUGGCCUUGCGACUGUGGUUGAGGUGCUGCUGGCACGAGGUGCAACAGUACUGGCAAAAGAUCAAGACGGUUGUACUCCAGCUUUGGCGUGCGCUCCAAAUAAAGAUGUGGCAGACUGUCUGGCUCUCAUCAUUUCCACUAUGAAGCUUUUUUUCUCUCUGCUGACCCCAGCUGAAGCUGAAGAACAGAAUCAUGUGUGUCUAUAGGACAGAAGAACUCUAGAUCUGGACACAUGUUUCAAUGGCUCACAGUAAUGAGUCAUUUUAGCUGUGACAUUGUUAUCAUCUUAGAGUAAUACUUCAACAGGAUUCAUGUAAUAUUUCAAGAGUUUGGUUUAAAAACGCGAUAAACGCCAUAAAAAAAGGAAUUCAGUAUUGUAUCUGAUCAGUAAUAAAAAGUAAAUGCUUAAUUUUACGCAAAAUCCAAUAUCCGCCGUGUUAUUCUGUCAUCUCUUUUACAAAACGCAAUUAACGCCACUCCUCCUUUUCUGCAGAAUGCAAUAAAUCCGCUCAACCAAUCACAGCGCACUAUUCCACGCAUUGCAAAACAAUAAUGGCGGUGCUUUGAAUACACACAGAAUCCUAGUUUUCCUCAUCUACUUUGUACUUCGCAAUCAACAAACAAACAAAAACAAAAUAAUAUUAUUGGCAUUGAUAAACCUGUGGUGGUUUUCUGUGGCGGGCAAGAAACGUAAGCCAUCAAAAUCGAAUAAUUUACGUGAGAGGCACUCAGGAGCCAGAAAAAUGUCAGCUGUUGCUGGUUCUGACACGACAGCAUCAAGCUUAUGUCAUGAUAACACAUCAACCCCAGGUGAUCUUAUAAAACACUUUUCAUUAUUUUACUCCAAGGCAACGAAAAUCGAGCAGGACCAAAACAUUUUACAACCGAUCGCGGUCAAAAAAGUUAAGCAACGACGUCCCAAGGAUGACAGCAGCAAUGACAGUGUUCUUAAUAUGACAAAGUAAGUGUUUUGAUUAAUGCCAUUAAUGUUUAUUUUUUUUUAUCAGUGAAUACCACUAGUCCAGUGGUUUUCAAACUGGGGGCCGCGAGAUGGUGCCAGGGGGGCCCCAGUUUUAUUACAUUUUAUGAAAUACAUUAAUUUAUCAUGAAUUCUGUGUAAUUAAACCUAAAAAAUAAGGCUACUAACCAAAAGCAUUACUUUUUUGUGUAAUUUAAUGUUUUUUUUUUAUUAAAAUGUUGAGUUUUAGAACAGUUUUUUGUCACAAAUUUUCUUUGGGGGGCCGCGAAGGAAUGCACCGUACACAAGGGGGGCCACACGCUGAAAAAGUUUGGGAACCACUGCACUAGUCAACUAAACGAAUAUAACAUGGCAAAGAUGAAUGAACAUUUAUAUAUUGAUUCAAUAGAUUUAUAGCAUUUUCAAAAAAAAAAAAACGUAUGGUCACGGAUUAAUGGCAUUUUGCAGAAAAAAUAAUCUGUUUUUAUAAUAAAUCUUUGAAAAUCAAAUUAUGAAUUUGAAUGUUUUAUGUUUUUAUAAUCUAAAAAUGCCAUGUGAAAGUUUGUAACAGAAAAUAGUGGUUUCCAUCUUGUCAAUUUCUUGGUAUAGAAAACAAAUUUUUACCAAAAUUAGUCAAAAUGGAUUUAUUGCAUUUUGGAACCAAACUCUUGAAUUGAUAAGCAGUGAUGUUUUAUUUUAAUUUAUUCAUGAUAGCUUUUCUUCUUUUCUAUGGACCUCUUUUCAGUAGAAAACAGAAACACAUGUUCAAAUGAUGUACAAUUUGUUUGCUGAAUAUUUAGGGGGCAUUAUUGAGUGUCAAAUUAAAUCAAUAUCAGUAUUAAAGA